GUAAUGAAAUUAUUCCUUCAUAAUUUUCAGAGUUGUAAAAGCCUUCUUUGCUCCAAAGGAAGCUGUGGGCCCAGUGUCAUUCAGGCCCAAAGUGUGGUUUCUCCUUGGGGAGGGACACAGAGUGGAGCUGUUCGACAGGCACUGUACCAGAAUGAUGGCAAUGCUCUCAUCUCCCCUGUUUCUCUUGUUGAAGCUCUACUUCCAGCCCCCAAACCCAUGCUGAUCUCCCUGCUUGAAGGAAGGGAAGAGCCCUGGAUCCCAGAUGUGCGUAGCCCUGAGGCCGUGCCAGGAGACCUCAGCCCAGCAGGAAGUGGGAUAAGAGCUAUACUGGAGAAUCUGCAGGAGAGUGGUGUGGCCGAAAGGCAGCGGGGUCACAUUUCCAUUGAAGAAGUCAGAAGGGAUGUCCAAGGAGGGCUGGAGCAAGGUCAAGGUGAGCACACCAAGAAGCCACUGGGAAAGUGUCUGGGAAAGACAGGAAAACGCCCACUGGACUUCAACAUAAGUCAAAAGGGGCCUGAAGAACCCAGGAGCAAGGAUGUGUGCCAGAAGAAAAAGCAGAAUCCAUGCACUGAGUGUGGGAAAAACUUGGAAAUAGAUUCCAGCAUCAUUAACCACCAGUGCAUGCAUACAACAAAGAGCCCGUACAAGUGCUCUGACUGUGGGAAGUGCUUCAAAUGGAGAUCCAACUUAACCAGCCAUCAGCGCAUCCACACAACGGAGAGACCAUACAAGUGCUCAGAGUGUGAGAAGAGCUUCAAAAGGAGUUUUGAAUUGAAGAGGCAUGAGGGCAUCCACAAAGAGAAGAGGCCUUAUAAGUGUCCUGAGUGUGGGAAGAACUUCAAAAGGAGUUCCCACCUCACCAGUCACUACCGCAUGCACACAGGAGAAAAACCCUACAGCUGCUCUGAGUGUGGGAAGAGCUUCAAAACGAGUUACUACCUCACCUGCCACCAACGCAUCCACACAGGGGAGAGACCGUUUUGGUGCCAUCAGUGUGCGAAGAGCUUCAAAAGCAGUUCUGAAUUGAAGGACCACCAGCGGACCCACACAGAAGAGAAACCAUACAAGUGCUUUAAGUGUGGGAAGAGCUUCAAAAGGAGUUCCCACCUCACCUUCCACCAACGCAUCCACACAGGGGAAAGACCCUUUCAGUGCUCUGAGUGUGGGAAGAAGUUCAAAAGCAGUUAUGAACUGAAGCAGCACCAGCGCAUGCACACGGGAGAGAGACCCUAUAAAUGUCCUGAGUGUGAGAAGAGCUUCAAACACAGAUCUAAUCUCAACACCCACAAGCACAUCCACAGAGCACACAGGCGGUAGAAGCAUCCCAGGAUUGGGGAAACCAUCAAAAGCCUCUUUACUGUCAUGGUUUUACGGUUUUUUUGUUUUUGGUUCUCAGUAUUCCACAUCAAAACAUCAUGUAGUGUACUGGGAGUUAAAGUGUUAAUGCUCCAAUUCCAGGCACCUAUCCCCAUACAUUACGGAAGCCAUGGGAUCCGGCCCUUCCGGGUGGGGCGGUCUCUUACUGCCUGGCAGUGGGUGCUGGAGGUGCUUUCCUGGCCGUUCCAAGCUUUUCAGCUGCAGUUGCUAUGUUGAGUGGCCAUACAAAGGAAAUCCAAAGAGGGAUGUGUCACAGCCACUGGAAACCCUUUGCCAGGUGGCAUGUUUCUACCAGGGUUGCGUGUGAGGAGUGUCACCUAUUAUCUCCCCUGUAGAAACUUCUCUGCUGAGGAGGCAGCAGGUGAGGACCCAGAAGAAAUCUCAGCUGGGCUGAUAUGUCAUCAGGAACAAAGAAAUUCCCUUUGCAGGCAGUGGUGGGAAGUGUUUCAUCUGGAGCUCAACCCUCGGUAGACCGCAGAGAAUCAACCCAGGGGAGAGUCCAUAUGAGUGCCUUGACUGCAGGAAGAGGUCCAUCCCCAGCUGGAGGCUCAUCACACACCAGUGGAUCCACGUGAGGAACCCUACAAAAUGCAACCUCCAAGAGGAGCUUUGGCUACAGCUCGAACCUGCUGAGGUACCAGAGAGUCUGCACUUGGGUGAAGUCCAAUCCGUGCCUGCACCAGUGAGUUCACAUGACAGAAAGCCUUAGAAAUGCCUUGAGUGUGAGAAGGGCUUUGUGCAGAGCGCAGAGCUCCACACGUGCAUGAGAUGACAAUUGUUGCAGAAGUGCUACAAAUGUCCCAUGUGUGGGAAGAUCGUCAACCACAGCUCCAACUGCAAGAACCAGGGGAGCCACUCAGGGCAGAGACCAUAGCAAUGCCUGCACUGCAGGAAGGGCUUCAUAUAGAGCUCAGUCUUCAUUAAACAUUACCCUGUCCACAUGACAUGGUGGCCUUGCGGGUGUCUCUCAUGCAGGAAGAGUUUCUCUCAGGGCUGGCACCUCAAUUCUCCUGGGAAAAUCCCCAGCGGAGAGACUUUGAAGAUGCUGGAGAGCCCAAGGAUGAGAGAGACCCAGAUGCUUCUCUGCACGCAGGAGGAGUUUGCAAAGGAGAUGGCAUCACUGGCACCCUCUGCAGAAGGGACUUAACCCAGGAGCUUCAGAUGGCCUCUCCUUGCUUCCCAAAGCAGUUCUCUCACCAUGCCUGCUUUCCUCUUCUGCUCCUCCUGCCAGCAGCUUUUUGAUGCCCUUUCCUAAGGAGAAGCAUCUGUGUAGGGAUGUUCUGUGUGUCUGUGUGCAUGUGUUGCUCUCAGUAAUCUGUGAGUGCACUGAUGCGUCUGAGAGAAGGGUCAGGAGAGCAGUAACGUGGCUCUUGGAGGUUUUCUGAGAAUCAUCUGUAGUGGAAAGGGAAGGGGGUGAAUAAAGUAGCUGAGCUGUUCUAGAGCUUUCUUCACCGUAGACUUGUUUUUGUUUUUAAAAUAAAUGUCAGCAUGUGGAAUGAGGAGAGGGAAAGGUGCAAGGACGAUCUGGUUUUUGGGUACCUCCUCCAGCCCACUGCUUGCUUCUGGGGAAGGCAUUUUUUUCACACAACCCUAUCAUCCUUCCUAACCAUGCUGCACAUUGGCUCUACUGCUCUUCCAGAAAGCUCGAAUCAGGAGGUCAGAGCAGCUGUGUGACACCAAGCCUUGUUUGUCUCCAAUAAAACUACAAA